GUAGAGAGGGACUGUGGUGUUACUUAGUGGAUGGGGAGCUAACAGUGAUUGCUAUUUCCACAUGGAGACUACAGGAGGCGUAGCAUGUGCUCCUCCUAUAGCAGAAUAAGGGAUACCUCUGGUCUGUGCCUGGGGAUCCCAGCCACCCUGUUAGCCCCAUGGAGUCUGGCUGGGUGUUCCCAUGAAGGAAGGUCACAAGCUGAUGCUGUCUGGCUCUGUUUUUCCCUUGUGUCCUUGGCAGGGUUUCAUGAGAAGGAUGGCAAAGCCUAUUGCCGCAAGGAUUACUUCGACAUGUUCGCUCCAAAGUGUGGGGGCUGCGCCCGGGCCAUCUUGGAAAAUUACAUCUCUGCCUUGAAUACCCUGUGGCACCCUGAGUGCUUUGUCUGUCGGGAAUGUUUCACGCCGUUCAUCAACGGCAGCUUCUUUGAGCAUGAUGGGCAGCCCUACUGUGAGGUU